AGAGCGCGCUCGCGGCAUAAUUUGCAUGUAUGCAAUUGCAGUCCAUGGCGAACGACACUAGUAAAGUCGUUGUCGGCGAUGGCGCGAGCGCCGAGGACGGCGAGGGCAAGCCGGUGGUGCUCAUCACCGGCUGCGCCAAGGGCGGCAUCGGCUAUGAGUACUGCCAGGCCUUCUCCGCCCUUGGCUGCCGCGUCGUCGCCACCGACAUCCCCGACCGCGUACCCGACCUCGAGGGCGAUGCUUUUGAAACGCUCCCGCUCGACGUCACCUCCGAGGAGAGCGUCGCGGACGCCGUGGCCCGCGUGAUGGCCGAGCACGGGCGCAUCGACGUGCUGGUCAACAACGCCGGGAUGGGGUGCACGGGCCCGCUGGCCGAGCUGCGCGCCGAGGCCGUGCGGCGCGCCAUGGACGUGAACUUCCUGGGCCAGGUUCGGAUGGUGCGAGCCGUGGCGCCGCACAUGGCGGCGCGGCGCUCCGGGCGCGUGGUGAACGUGGGCAGCGUGGUGGGGAACGUGGCCACGCCCUGGGCGGCGCCGUACUGCGCGUCGAAGGCGGCGGUGCACGCGGCGACGGACGCGCUGCGCGUUGAGCUGCGGCCGUUCGGCGUGCACGUGGUGAAGGUGGUGCCGGGGGCGGUGAGGUCGGGGCUCGGGCGCGCAAACACGGCGCACCUGGCAGGGCAGGAGUGGCGGCUGUACCGGGACUUCACGGCGGCGAUCGAGGAGCGGGCGCGGGCGUCGCAAUCAGGGAGGGCGACGGACGCGAGCGCGUUCGCGAGGCACGUGGCGCGGCGGGUGCUGAGCGCGCGGCCGCCGCGGGAGAUCGUGUACGGGAACAUGACGCUGCUGUUCGCCGCGCUGGCCGCGUCGCCCAUCUGGGUGCGCGACGCCUUCUUCACCAAGCGAUUCGGACUCGACAAGAAGAUAGAUACGCCAGCGGGAGUGGGACCAAAAAAAUAGUUCAAAUAUAUACUGAGCAAACAAGGGAGUUAAUUUGCACGAGAUGAAAUGCUCCGGAAUUUCUUUUACUGUUUAUUUCCAAUGCACAAUGAAACUAUGAACGAUGUACUCCUCUAUGGAGAAGCCCUGACCCUGAGAGAUAAGUACUCUAAAUGUGGCGAUCGACCAUGCAGUGCAAAGCUGAAGCUGAAGCGUUUGAGAGCGAUUUGCAGGAAAGAAUAAUUCAGCAGCAGAAGGUGUUUCAAAAUAUGGGAGCAGAUCGAUGGCGACGUUGAACGGCUCCAUAGUUUUACACCGUCUGAAUGUCAGCUCGCGCGCUGCCUUUUUUUUCUUUUCCCGCCGUGCCGACAUGCGAUAGAUGCCGUGGCCAUGAGACGUCGUCUAUCAUACUUAGUAGGGAUUGGGCAUUGCCGAAAUCUAUGAAUUUAUUUACGAAUGAUCGAUCCGUAU